GUCUAAAGAGAGUGGAAUCCGCUGGGCGCUCCUUAAAUGCGCUGGGUGGAUCCUUAAAAUCAUUAGAGGGGAUUUCGUUGUCCAAUCUGUUGGACGCAUCUCUGAGGCGCUGGACGAAUUUUGGCUCUUAUUGGAACUUUUCUCGUUGGCAAAUCCACUGAGCGCAUCUUUUACUGCGCUGAGCGGAUUCUAUUUUUCCAAUAUUUCUUAUCUUCCUUCAAAUCCUGAAUCAAAGAACAACUUGGGAGAAUAG